GCAGUCUCAUUUUAAUUACUGAAAUUUAUAAAUAAGCACAUACGUCGUAUUGUAUUGUGACAAGUGACCUACUCUCUCCGGCCAUUUUGCCUUGGUGACGUCACGACCGCCAAUCCCAAUACCAGACCAUACGUGACGUAAACUAUAAAUUUUCAGUACGCAGUGAAUAUCGAAACGCAAAAUGCAAGUGAUGUCAGUUAUGACUGUAUUUGUAUGAUUUGUGUUUGCGCAUAUCAGUGCGCGAUAUCGUAUAAGGUACAAUACAUGCACACAUAUACAGUAAUUGCAGUGAAGUUAUUUUGUCUUUAAUCAGUUUAAUCCUUUGGUUUCUGCCAAUAUCGCUAAGUAUUUGCAUCACACUGCGAUUAACGAGUAAAAUGUUUGGUAAGAAAAAAGAGCAGCCGAAACAGCCUAGGCCAGUUGGUGGCUUAGAACAGUACGGCAUUUUUGAAGUACCUGAUAUAAAUAUUGGCAAUAUUAAUGAUAAUGUGAUGGAAGAUGACGAUAAUGACGAAAGUUUGGAAGCUGAAUUAGCUGCUUUGGCGGCUGGCAAUGAUACAGGUUACAAAAGCAGACGCAGCGUUGCACGCAAAGCUAUUAAUGAUGUAAACUUGGAUGAAAUGGUAGCUGAUUGUAUGAAGGAUACAAAUUCUGAUGAAGAACCAUCUGAAGGAAAUGAUGAUCCUGCAUUAUUGAAAGAGUUGCAGAUGCUCACAGGAAAUGAAACAGAAAGGACAGAGACGCCAGAAUUAAUCAAAGAAGAAGAAGAAAAAGCAGAACACGGUGAACAUGAAUCUACUGAAACUAAAGAGGAAAAUAGUUUUAUGCAAGAAUUGAUUCAAUUAUUGCAAGAGAGACUAAAAAUUUAUGAAAUAGCUGAGGAAAAGGCCAAAAGAAAAGAUGAGACUGGUAGAGCUAGAAGGUAUAACAGAGGUGUAAAAACACUGAAGGAGAUGUUGGUUUCUGUUCAAUCAGGUAGAAACAUAAACGAAGCUGACAUUCCUCCAGCUUUGUCUCCUUCAGCUAUUGCUGAACCUACUGUUAAAAAUAUAGAAGAAAAAACACCAUCACCAAUGGAAGUUAGUGAAGCAGUUGCAAAAUCGAAUGUAAUCUCAAAUGAUGAUAAUAACCCUUCUGAACCACUGGCAGACGUCAUAGUUGAUCAAGAAGCUUUGGAUAAAUUAAAAGUACAGCAACAAAAAUAUAAGACUGCAGCAAUUGCUUGGAAGAAAGCGGGCAACAAAGAACAAGCACUACAAUAUGUAAAAACUGUAAAACAAUUUGAUAUAGUUAUUGCUGCAGUUGCUGCAGGUGAAAAGCUUGAUUUAUCAGAUAUGCCACCUACUCCAAUUCUACCUUCUCCAACUAAUACUGCAACACCAGCUGCAAAAGAAGAAAAUGAAAUUCAACAGCAAGCUUCUACAGGUAAGAUGUAGAAAUUCGUUAGAUUGCAAAACCUUUUAAAAAUUGUCGCAUAGUAGUAUUAUGAUGCGUGGAUAUGUAUUAUUAUUGAUUUGUGCUUUUGUAAUGAAAAAAUAUAGUAAAAAUAUAUUUACGAAUUUAUUUAAA